AUGGGUGUCGAAAUCUCUCUGCAAGUGAUACAGACUUGUGCUGGCAUCGUAGGAGUAGUUGGAAAUACAUUGGUUUGUGUAGUCAUUAAUCGCGUAAAGCCAAUGCAUACUCUGACCAAUAGCUUGAUCUUCAACCAGGCAGUUAUCGAUCUACUGGGUUCACUCUUAACCCUGGUAACUGCUAAUGUCGGGGUUCCUCAUCCGCUCUCGGGCUGGAGUGGUGAGCUGUAUUGCCGAGUAUGGGAGUCCAAAUUCUUCAUCUGGGCUUUCUUCGCAUCUUCGACCUUCAGCCUCACUGCUCUAACUCUGGAGAGAUACUUUGCUAUUGUAUUUCCAUUUUUAUACAAGAGAUGGUUUAGUAAAACAAUGGUUGCUCUGAUCAUCACGGCAGUGUGGGUUUUAGGAUGCGUCAGUUCGAUCUACAACUUAACGUACAUAGUUUUCGACGGUCACGAUUCGUGUGUUUCGGUGACUCACGAGAACUCCACGGUUGUAGGCACCAUGUUGUUUUUGUUCGAGUACGCCAUUCCACUUGGUGUAAUGCUGUAUGCAUACCUUCACAUUACUAUCGUGUUGAAGAGAAGUGUUCGUCGCAUUGGAGGGGAGGGUAACGUUGGAACCACCGUCCAUCACCAGCAGGAAGCCGCCGCCGGUGGCGGCCAGGCAGCCUCUCUCGUCCGUGCUCGCAAGAACAUCUUCAAGACGCUCUUCGUAGUAUUCUGCUGCUUCGCGAUAUGCUGGACACCAAACAAGAUUAUUUUCUUCAUGUUUAACUUUGGCUGGCCGCUGGACUUCAACGGGGCUCUGUAUGCGAUAUCCGUGGCACUGGUAGUCUCCAACUCAGCGAUCAACCCCAUCAUUUACGCCAUCAAGUACCGUCAGUUUAGGCGGGGUUUUUGUAUUAUGGUGGGUCGCGCACGCCUCUCAGAUAACUGUGACGUGUUUUUAAAUACCACCGGCUGA